AAUAUAUAUGUAUUAUUCUAUAUGGAAUAUAAAUAACUAAAAUAUAAUUUUUUUUUGGGUGUCUAGCAUGUCUUUGCAUGAACUUUUCUCAUGACCUCUAUAUAAAGAGAUGAUAAGUUGAACGUUAAUUGCAUCUCAUUGCUUGUUCAGUACAACUUUCUCUAGUCAUCUGCACAUAUAUUCAAGCGACUUUCAGUUCGCAAUUUCAUUGUUUUGACAGGCGAAAAAGACAGUACGUAGAAUGGUGGGAAUAAAAAAAUUCAAAAUCGUGAGCGCUUAUGUUGUGGUAGCUGUAGCAGUAUGGAUGGUGCUUGAACCAACUCUCGCAGCAUCAGAUUUUACCUUCGACAUCGAAGGUGCUACAACAGAUACCUACUCAAAAUUGUUGACCGAUGUGCGUAACAAAGUGAAGGAUGAUAAAAUUGUAUAUGGCGGCCGCAAAGAUAUACCAGUAAUGGCUGCACCUUCAGCAGCAAAAAAGUAUCUUUUUGUCGAUUUUACGGCAUCAGAGGGAAGGACAAUCACAAUUGCUGUGAAUUUAAGUAAUGAUUUUAAUUUAUAUGUGAUUGCUUAUCUUGACAAAAUUAAUGGAAACUUUAGAUCACAUAUAUUUAAGGAUCUUCCCCCUGAUGUUCAAGAGGGUCUCUUUCGAGAUGCGACAGGUGCAGCGAAUCGUCUAAUUAUGAAUUAUGGAAGUAGUUAUGCUGAGGUUGAGAAAAAGGCAGGUUCUAGAACCAAAUUGGGAUUGGGAAAAAAGCCACUAAGCAAAUUCUUUGACAAAGUUUAUGGGAAGCUCGUUGAUAAUGAGAAUGAAGCUAAAUUUAUGCUCAUUGUUAUGCAAAUGCUUUCCGAGGCAACUCGAUUUGCAUAUAUCGAGCAAAUGAUUGUGCAAAAAUUUGAGAAAGAAAUUAAUGAAUGUUAUAAACCCGACUUAAAAACGAUCGAAUUAGAAAAGAGUUGGCAGAAGAUCACUGUAGGAAUUAAGAAUUCUAACGGAGGUGUAAUCUGUCCGCCGCUAAAGUUACAGGAUCCUACGGGUAACCCUUGGAUAGUGUCGAGUGUCAAUGAAAUUGCUGGAGACAUGGGGCUUCUAAAGUACGAAGGCCCUCCUACGACCGCUAACAACCGAGUAUCUCUAGCACUAGUCGUCAAUAAAUUACAAACGCAUUACAACCAGUUCAUUAGUUUUUUUUAAAGCCAACAAUGGUGAUGAUGAUUAUGAGGCUGAACUGUGAAACUAACCUAAGGGUUUGCUAAAGUUUUAUUGUGUAUGACAUUUGUUCAUGAUAAGUAGAAGUUGUGUGAUCAUGAUGUUAUUAUGUUAAUUAAGUGUAAUAAGGCAACAAUAUGUUGCGUGUAAUCCCCAUUUCCUAAAUGAAAACAAA